AUGUCAAAUAUGGAUUCAAAUAGUGGAAACGUGUCACACAUUUUACCACCAAAGAGAGGUUUUUUACAGCACGAGCUGUUCUCGCAGUUACAUAUACCAGGAAGCUUCGCGUUCGAAGCAUUUAGUUGCAUCUCCAAGUUUACAGGAGCUUUGCUUUGCUGGUUUGGUAACAACAACAAGAAUCUGCAAAAAAGGGAGAUUUUUAAGUACCAAUGGAGCUUAAGUUGUUGUGAUGAUUCUUCGAAGAAGCAUGUGAAGAGUAGUUAUCCGAAUUUCUCUUUAUUCCAUUUUCACUAUGGAACAAAAGAUUUGAUCCCUGGCUUCUUUGGAAACAUAUCUAAAUCCACUGUUCAGCAUUUUGUUAACGAAGCUGAGAGGCUACAUUCAUGUUCUGUGCUCUCCUUGGCUGUUUCGUUGAUACCAUCUUUACACACCAUGACCGCGAAUGGACUUGCUCUGCCACUAGCGAGUAAUGAUGUUCAAGCUCCGCAGAACAUUGAACACAAGACUUGUCAGGUUGGGAGUGAGGAACAUAGUGGUUUGAGUUUACACAAAUUGGAUUGGACAAGACAAACAGUAGAGCCUCGAACAGGGAUUGAAUUUCCAAUGUUGUUGAAGAAAAAUUCUCCAGGAUUCACUUCUGAGGUGCUUGUUGCAACUGGAUCUCGGACAAUGCAAAUAAUCAGAAUUAAGUCUCUAAAAGUAUAUGCAUUUGGUUUUUAUGUCCAUCCUUCCUCUGUCUGUCAGAAGCUUGGACCGAAGUAUGCCUCUGUUCCAGCUAGCAAACUCGACAAAUGCGAUGACUUAUACAAAGACCUUCUUAGGGAGGAUAUUGUGAUGAGUGUGAGGCUUGUGGUUAGCUACAAUGGCUUGAAGAUCAAUACUGUGAAAGAUGUUUUUGAGAAAUCUCUGCGUGCUCGUUUGGUGAAGGCAAAUCCAAAAACUAACUUCAAUUGCUUGAAUGAUUUCGGUUCAUUCUUCACACAAGACAUUCCAAUACCUGCGGGAACAAUCAUAGACUUUAGACGAACGGCAGAUGGACAACUAAUCACAGAGAUUGGUGGUAACGUGAUUGGAGCUGUCCAGAGCAAGGAUCUUUGCAGGGCGUUUUUCGACAUGUACAUUGGAGAUGUUCCGGUGUCUGAGCAGACAAAGGAGGAGAUUGGUAGGAACGUUGCAGGAAUCAUAAAGAGGUGCUGA